UCUGAAUAUCUGAACUGCAGAUCGCGAAAAAACCGCGAGUCUUUCUUCCAUGUCUCAAGUGACUUCUCAGAUCCGCCCCCUCGUCUGUUCUGCUACGGUAGGUCUCACCUAAUCCAGCGUCCAGCUCAAAGUCACGCCACGUACUACUUCCAAACCUCAUGAUAAGACCGAUGAUGGGAUGACAGUUGGAAGCACAAGAAAAGCUUUCAGAAUAUUCCUUCAAGAAAUACGCAUCUCGGCGUGGUGCAUUCGGAACGCGGUUCCCAAUGGGUUUGCAAAAAGAUGAGCUGGAUCGGAUGACGUUGCCCAAGAAUUCCUUUUACAAAAUCGUGGGGUCCUUUGAUCGACGCCAGCUGGUGCGGGGCUUUAUCUGUGGGAUGUGAUUGGUUAGAAACAAAAGUCAAGGGGUGUACCGCUAAGAAAGUUGAUGGAGCGCAUGCGUCAUACCAUGCAAAAGAAAUCCCCACAUCAGCUUCGUCCUUUCAUCCCAUAUCACGAGCAAUGUGUGAAAGCUGUCACCAAUGCUUUGGCUUUUUGCUGGCAAAGAUGAUUGACGUGCAGAGCUUGGGCUGAUAUUAGUCAUGGCCGUGAAUGCUCACCUGAUAUCAACUUGCUCUUCUGGCUGUGACGGGAGCAAAAAAGAAGCAUGAUCCCCACUCCCGCCCCGUUACUCCCAUCGUCACUACCAAUUGCUUGCUAUAUCCCACCGGUCUUUCUCCCGGCUGCUCUCAUUUUCUCUGUUCACUUACAUACCUAACCAAUUAUCAAACUCACUCAUAUACAUACCUAGAGACCUCCUCUGCUCACACUGUUUGCCGUAUCCUUAUGCUUUAAUCUCUAAUCCUGCUCUCACACCUGAGUCGCACACGAGCUUCCUACCUACCAGCUUCACAUUCCUCACACCGUCCCUUGCUGCAACCACUUAACACGAAAACCCUCCCCUCAAGGUACGCGACUCUCAUUUCUACCCAAAAUCCCCACACAUAUACAACGUUGCGCGCCCAUCCAUCCGAUCACGUAUCCGAUCCGAUCCCAUCCCGUGUGGUGCCCAUCUCAUAUCCACCACCAAAAAAGUUGUGACGCAACGGGUUUCCUGACUCGGGGGGGCCUUCUCUUUGUCACUUGUCCCAGUAGUGGUAUGUUACCCCUCAAGCUGUUAAGUACAACGUCGACGUUUUGAACCCUACUUUUCUUUCCACUCCUUUGGGUCAUUCAUUCAAGUCGUGACAUAUUUCUUCUUUCACCAUUCUGACCCGUCAACUCACAGUUCUAUCACAACCACCAACCAACACCGGUCACGCCAUUAACCAUUCAAAAUGGCAGCAGGCCGCCUCAUCUCCCUCCUAGCCACCCUCUUCCUCUCCGUCUCCCUCCUUCUUCUUUGGUUCACCCUCCUCUCAGGCAUAACCUCCACCUCCCCCCUCCGCCAAACCUACUUCCUCCGCGCCGACACAUCCGGCAUAACCGGCGCCCGGGGCAUAUCUCAGUGGACAUAUUUCCGCAUCUGCGGGAUAGACAACACCGACUGUGGCCCUGCCCGUCCCGGGCUACCGUUGGGUGAUGCCUGGGCUACCGAUGCGGACAAUGUGCCCCGAGAACUGAUUGGGAGUUAUGGAGGCGGCACGACGAGCUAUCAGUAUUGGUACCUGUGGCGAUUUGGCUGGGUUUUCUAUCUCAUCGCCUUGUUCUUUAUGACUUGCGCGUUUUUGGGGAGCUGGCUGGCUUGUCUGGGACGGUUGGGGGCUGGGUUGAUUGCGACGGUUAGCAGUAUGGGGUUGUUGUUUCUGAGUGUGGCUGUGGCGCUGAUGACGGCUACUUUUGUCAAGACACGUAACGCGUUUAUUGCUGAUGGGAGGAAUGCCGAUUUGGGGGCGUACGGGUUUGGGUUCAGCUGGGGAAGCUGGGCGGCCAUGUUUAUUGCUACGGUUCUGUACUGCGUUGCUAGGAGGGGGCACGCGAGUGACGGGGUGGGGAGGACGAACAAGAGGUGGUCGGGCAGCACAUUUGGCCGUAGGAAGAGCUCGGGGACGGCCGGGUCGAGGAGGAGUUGGGAUGGGAGGAGAGUUAAGGAUGAGUAUGCUUAAGUCUUUCUUUUUUUCUUUUCAGCCGUCGUCGAUUUGGGGGAAUGAAGAGCGAUGAGAAGAUAUACCAUUUUGAGAAGG